AAAAAAAAAAAAAAAAGACCUGACCAAGAUGGCGGAGGCGGAAGCUAGCAGAAGUCUGCUUGCGCUGCUCAAUGGCGUCGCUCAGCAACUUUACUACGGCAAGAGUGAGGUGACGGAGGAAAUGUUACACGGCCAGCUCUUCCCCGACAUGACCCGGGAACACUUUAAGGCCUUCUACCACAAAAUGAGAGCACUUUUAAAGUCCAUUGCCACGGCCGACAUGGACCACGCCCAGCUGGAGGCCUUUCUCACCGCCCAGACCAGGAAGCAAGGGGCGGGCGGCGCCGACCCCGAGCAGGCCGCCGCCCUCGCUCGCUUCUGGAAGAUUCACCGUGUCCGCGUGAGGGAGAGCCUGCUGUCCCACAGCCGCUGGGAGCCUGGACUCAGGGGUCUGUCCUGGAGGGUGGACCUCCAGACGGCGGCCGGCAGAGGCCCCCUGGCUCUGAUGGAGAUGGAGCUGGGCGGUAGCGGCGGCCAGGACUCUCAGUUUGUGUGCGUGGAGAUGGACGAGGACAAGGUCCACGAGGUGCUCAAGAAGAUGGCCGAGGUCCAGGCCAGCAUUGACGCCAUCCUUCAGCGCACCUGACUCGCCCGUUUAGACCGCCUCGCCCUGACUAAGCCAGUCUCAUACGUGAAGAUUCCAGAGACAUUGCAGAGCCUCGCUGACCAUUCCCCAACCUUGAAGACCUGGACAACCUGAGAACAAAAACUAUUGAGACCAGCUCUGUUGUUGUUGUUGUUGUUGUUGUUGUUGUCAUGUGACUUCAAUAAACAUCUACAGCCUU